UUUCCUCUGCCACUAUGGGGUUUCCUCUGUUUCUGGUAGUACUGCAAAUUCCUAUAUGAACAAAAUAUAGGGUUAGCCCGCAUCAAUUGUCAGUUUCUUAGUAAGCUCAUGGUUGCUUCUGGUUUUGUCUAUUUCUUCUUCAGCCUUAACCUUUACAACGAAGUUAGCCGAGCAUGCCAACCGUGUAUAUAUUCCAAGUUGUACAGCCUGAAACCACAGAGAAGUAGCAAGUAGUAUAGCUUUUCAACCUCAAGCACCAUGAGGAUUUGUAUUGCUUUCCUUCUCAUAAUUCAGUUCUUUGCAAAGGCAGAAUCAAUUAGCAGAGGAGAUUUUCCAGACGGGUUUAUCUUUGGAACUGCUUCUUCAGCUUACCAGUUUGAAGGAGCUGUUAACGAAGGAAAUAGAGGAGAUAGCAUAUGGGAUACUUUCACCAGGCUUCCUGGGAGAAUUUUGGACUUCAGUAAUGCAGACAUGACCGUGGAUCAGUAUCACCGAUUUAAGAAUGACAUAGAAUUGAUGAAAGAUAUGGGGAUGGAUUUUUACAGAUUUUCCAUAUCAUGGUCAAGAAUUUUUCCAAAUGGAACAGGGGAACCUUGUGCUGAAGGAAUAAAGUAUUACAACUGUCUCAUAGAUGCUUUACUGGAAAAAGGAAUCCAGCCUUUUGUAACCCUAUAUCAUUGGGAUCUUCCACAGAUGCUAGAAGAUCAGCAUGAAGGAUGGCUAAGCACACAAGUCAUAAAAGACUUCGAGCACUAUGCCCAUACGUGCUUCAAAACUUUUGGAGAUAGAGUAAAGUACUGGGUCACCUUCAAUGAACCACAUAACUUCGCCCUCCAUGGUUACGAUUUAGGCAUUCAAGCCCCUGGAAGAUGUUCCAUUCUGGGUCAUUUUUUAUGUAGAAAGGGAAAAUCAUCCACUGAACCAUACAUCGUAGCUCACCACAUUCUCUUAUCUCAUGCUGCUGCAUACCGCACUUAUCGACAACAUUUCAAGGAAAGACAAGGGGGUCAAAUAGGGAUAGCUCUAGAUGCUGUAUGGUACGAACCCAUAACUGAUCUUGACGAGGACAAAGAUGCAGCAGCCAGAGCUAUGGAUUUUUCGGUUGGAUGGUUCCUUGACCCUCUUUUUUUUGGGAAAUAUCCUCUUUCAAUGGAACAACUUGUAGCUGAAAGAUUACCAGAGAUCUCAGAUGCAACCUCCAAAAUGCUUGUGGGAUCCUUGGAUUUUGUUGGCAUAAAUCAUUACACCUCACUUUAUACUCGUAACGACAGGACUAGGAUUCGGAAACUAGUUUUGCAGGAUGCUUCAUCUGAUGCUGCUGUCAUUACUACCCCAUACAGAAAAGGGGCUGUAAUUGGAGAAAGGGCAGCUUCACGCUGGCUUCACAUUGUCCCAUGGGGAAUCCGAAAAACGGUGAAUCAUGUGAAGAACAAGUAUGGGAAUCCCCCAAUGAUUAUAACAGAAAAUGGAAUGGAUGACCCAACCGGCCCUUUCAUAACCUCAGAAAAGGCUCUGCAGGAUGAUAAGAGGAUAAGAUUCCAUAGGGACUAUCUCUCAAACCUCUCUGCCGCUAUAAGGGAAGACGGUUGCGAUGUUCGAGGUUACUUUGUGUGGUCGUUGCUUGACAACUGGGAGUGGAAUAUGGGCUAUACUGUUCGGUUUGGACUCUACUAUGUGGAUUUUAAGAAUAACCUUACGAGGAUUCCCAAAGCUUCUGUACAAUGGUUCAAAAAGAUGCUCACAUUAAAAACAGAUAUGUGGAGCGACAUUUGAUUUGGUUUUGUUUUCUUUCUCUUGUAAAGAAUACAAUACACAGAGUCACCCACAAUGUAAUUGUACAGUGCUUCAAAAAUUAAUGAAACAAAAGCAACAAGGGAAUGAAAUAUCCACGAACAUGUUAAAAAUGGUGA